UAAACUAAUCCAUUUGAAGCAAUACCUCCAAGUCAAUCAAAUGUAUUUGCAGGUGUCAUAUAAUACACACAACAUACUCUCAGUAAUAUAAUUUGAUUAAAUCAGGAGAAAUAAAAACAUGUCGGAUAUGCGAGAUACAAUGCUGACUGGAUCAGAGGGAAUUAAGAAGACCAUCUUGCACGGAGGAACUGGAGAUCUUCCCAAAUUUAUCACUGGAACUAAGGUGACGUUCCACUUCCGCACACAGCUGUGUGAUGACGAACGUACGGUGAUAGAUGACAGCAAAAAGGUGGGGACACCCAUGGAGAUAGUGAUUGGCAACAUGUUCAAACUCGACAUCUGGGAGACCCUGCUGUCUUCCAUGAGGAUCGGUGAAGUCGCCGAGUUCUGGUGCGACAUCAUUCACACCGGCGUUUAUCCACUUGUGUCCAAAAGCAUGCGCCGCAUUGCAGAGGGCAAAGACCCCGUGGAGUGGCAGGUCCACACGUGCGGUAUGGCCAACAUGUUUGCGUACCACAGCCUGGGCUACGAUGACCUGGAUGAGCUGAUGAAGGAGCCAAAGCCGCUCUACUUUGUCCUGGAGCUGCUGAGGGUGCAGCAGCCCAGUGAGUACAACAGGGAGUCCUGGGCUCUGAGCGACGAGGAGAGGCUGAAGGCUGUUCCUGUGCUGCACGGCCAAGGAAACAAGCUGUACAAACAGGGACACUACCAAGAAGCCACACAGAAAUACAAAGAGGCCAUCAUCUGCAUCAAGAACGUUCAGACCAAGGAGAAAGCGUGGGAUGUUCCAUGGCUGAAGCUGGAGAAGAUGGCCAACACUUUGACACUUAACUACUGCCAGUGUCUGCUCCGCAUGGAGGAGUACUACGAGGUCAUCGAGCACACCACGGAUAUCAUCAAUCAGCAUCCAGGCGUUGCAAAGGCGUUCUACCUGCGAGGGAAAGCCCACAAAGAGGUGUGGAAUGAGGCAGAGGCCCGGCAGGACUUCAGCAGGGUGCUGGACCUCGACCCCGGCAUGAAGAAGUCUGUGAAGAAGGAGCUGGCAGUGCUCAACAUGCGCAUGGAGGAGAAGAACCAGGAGGACAGGGACAAGUACAAAGGCAUGUUUUGACCCAGUGACUGAAGGCUGUGCUGUUUACGCUUUACUGCUGUGAACGCUGACCUCAACGUCCACCUGAGCUACACAGAUCUAAAGGCACCACCCAUAUCUGAAAAAAAACAAAAAAAAAGGUGAGACAUUUCACUUUUCAUUCACGGUGUCCAGUUUUAAAACUUUUUUAAAUGUUUGAUUUACUCAAUUCAGAAUGGUUGUGAAAAAAAAAGAAUGGUUGUGAACUUGUAACAAAUGUUAGCUAAAAAUUCAAAAGAUUAAUUACACUAUUUGUUUUAGAAAGUGUGUGUAGUUCUCAAAUCGUUGUAAAACAUCCUCAAGACUGAAUAAAGUGUACCAAACUUU